AUGGCAUCCCGAGCUUUGCUAGUGGCGCUUCUGCUGCCAGCCUGCUCUGCCAUCACCUGGGUGAAGAGCGCUGGUGGUGCAAGCUGCGACCAGGCAUGUGCAGCCCGUUCUGGCUGCAGCGAAGAGGCCUGGCCGCAAUCCGAGGAGGAGUUCCAGGAUGCUGCGAAGGCUGCAGGUCAGGUCUGCGAGGGCACCCAGACUGGUGGAGCCAAGUAUGACCCAAGCACGGACGGCCGCUACUGCGGCUGGCAAGGACCAGAUCACAUGAACGGAGAGACCAGGUGCGGCCAAUCCGGUGACUCUGGCACGUAUCGCUUCUGCCCGUGCAACGCCGACAAGGAGCUGUAG